CUCUGUCUCUCUCUCUCUCUCUCUCUCUCUCUCUCUCUCUCUCUCUCUUUAAGUCGACCGGAGAAGGCUAUGUCUUCGACAAAUGUUCAACUAACCGACCACCACCUCAACCAGUCAACAAACGGCACAAACCUCUGGUCAACAAUCGAAGACAAUGCGUCUGUAAUGGAACCUCUCAUCGGCUCCGAACACUCUUCUCUCUGGCCUCAACCCCCUCUCACUCCUCCUCCUCCUCACGUCACCGAAGACACUCUCCAGCAACGACUCCAAGCAUUGAUCGAAGGAGCUAGAGAAAGCUGGACGUACGCCGUGUUCUGGCAACUAUCCCACGACUUCGCCGGAGAAGACAUCAGCAACACGGCGGCGCUGCUAACCUGGGGCGAUGGCUACUACAAAGGCGAGGAGGAGAGGAAGUCGAGGAAGAGGAAGCCCAAUCCCGUCAGCGCGGCGGAGCAAGAGCAUCGGAAGAGAGUGAUUCGAGAGCUCAACUCUCUGAUCUCCGGCGGAGGAGGGACAGUCAGCAGCAGCGGCGGCUCCUCCGACGAGGCGGGAGACGAAGACGUGUCGGAUACGGAAUGGUUCUUCUUGGUUUCGAUGACGCAGAGCUUCGUCAACGGCUCUGGUUUGCCCGGCCGAGCUUUCUCGAGCUCGCGGACCAUUUGGCUCUCUGGCUCGAACGCCUUGGCUGGAUCGAGCUGCGAGAGAGCUCGCCAGGGUCAGGUUUACGGGUUGGAGACGAUGGUUUGUAUACCGACGCAAAACGGCGUCGUUGAGCUUGGUUCGUUGGAGAUUAUACAUCAGAGCUCGGAUCUCGUUGAGAAAGUCAACAGCUUUUUCAGUUUCAACGGUGGCGGUGGUGGAGGCGAGUCGGGUUCUUGGGAGUUUAAUUUGAACCCGGAUCAAGGAGAGAAUGAUUCCGCCACGUGGAUUAAUGAACCGAUUGUAACCGGGAUCGAACCGGUUCUUGGGGCUCCGGCGACUUCUAACUCUGAUUCUCAGACGGCUUCGAAGCUUUGUAAUGGAAGCUCAGUGGAACACCCUAAGCAGCAGCAGAACCCGCAAAUCUCGAGUUCUGGGUUUGUGGAGGGAGACAGCAACAAGAAGAAGAGAUGUUUGGUUUCCGACAAGGAAGAAGAGAUGCUGUCUUUCACUUCUGUUCUUCCACUUCCUACGAAAUCGAACGACUCGAAUCGCUCUGAUCUCGAAGCUUCGGUUGUUAAAGAAGCGGAGAGUGGUAGAAUCGUGGCUGAGACGGAGAAGAAACCGAGGAAACGAGGGAGGAAACCGGCUAACGGAAGAGAGGAGCCGUUGAAUCACGUGGAGGCAGAGAGACAGAGAAGAGAGAAGCUGAACCAGAGAUUCUACUCUCUGAGAGCUGUGGUUCCUAAUGUGUCUAAGAUGGAUAAAGCUUCUCUUCUAGGAGACGCGAUCUCGUAUAUCAAUGAGCUUAAAGCUAAGCUGCAAAAGGCUGAAGCUGAUAAAGAGGAGUUGCAGAAGCAGAUUGAUGGGAUGAGCAAAGAGGUGGGGGAUGGGAAUGUGAAAAGUUUGGUUAAAGAUCAAAAGUGUUUGGAUCAAGAUUCAGGUGUGUCCAUAGAGGUGGAGAUAGAUGUGAAGAUCAUUGGUUGGGAUGCGAUGAUUAGGAUCCAAUGCGCUAAGAAGAAUCAUCCUGGUGCUAAGUUCAUGGAAGCACUCAAGGAGCUGGAAUUGGAAGUGAAUCACGCGAGUUUAUCGGUAGUGAAUGAGUUCAUGAUCCAACAAGCGACUGUGAAGAUGGGGAAUCAGUUUUUCACGCAGGAUCAGCUCAAGGCUGCUCUAAUGGAGAGAGUUUGAGAAGGGAUAUGAAAGAAAAGUUAGCAUCUAAACCGGAGAAAUAAUGCAAAAGCAAGGAUCAUAGUAUGAACCAGUAAAAAUCUCAUGUGAUUGUAGUGUAAACUGUAUUGUGUAAGGGUAAUUUUGCAGCAGAGCACCCAGCUUGUUAUUGAUGCAUUGUUAGAGAAGUUUUUUAAGUUUAGUAGUUUGAUGGUAAUUAGUAGCUAUGACUAGUUUGGGUUUUAAUGUUUUCAUCAGAUUAAGUUGUCUUUGGUUUGUUUGGUGAAUGUAUUUGCGUAUGUACAUAUUAUGUAAUGAAAUAAGGCUUCUUUUUGUAAUGAAUAAAAUCAAAAUGGGAUUCAAGUU